GCUUCCAGAAUUUUCCAUCCCUGAUUCGCGUUUCUUUACACUUCCUCAACGAAAUUAUUUGUUUUUGUUUUAGUGAAAAAUAUUAAUUGAAAUGUCGAAUAAAAUCGAGCCUAAAUGUAUUGAAUGCUCAAAAACUGAGACACUCCUCUGGCGUCCGGCGGAGCAUGGAGGAGAGAUUUGUCACGAAUGCUACGAGCAAAAAGAAAACAUUUUAGUUGAAAUCCCUUUUACUUCUAUGGACUCUGAUAGGCUAAUAGAGGAGUUCAAAAGCAAAGCACAAAAAGAUGUUACAGAUGGAAAAUCUACAGUCACUGCUGAAGAGAAAAAAAUCCGCAAAAGUACUAGAUCGACGCGCUUUAAAGCUAAAGGGUCUAAUCAAUCCAUUAAUACGCCUACGCUAAGUUUCCAUUCUCAGAGCUUGCCUAAUACUUCUAAAAUACAGAGCAGAAGUCGUAGCAGGCGAAAUAUAUUCAAAAAGAAUCCUUUAAAAACACCAAUAACACAAGCGACUACUCAUGUAGUAGAAAGCGUGUUUUACAAAGAAUCAUAUUUACAAGUUGGCGACAUUGUGUCUGUGGUGGAUGAAAUGCAAAAUAUAUAUUAUGCGCAGAUACGAGGUCUUUUGGUUGAUAACUAUAGUGAAAAGUCGGCUUAUCUAACUUGGCUUAUACCAACUCAAGCUAGUCCGGAGCCUCGUGAUGGGUUUGAUCCUGCUUCGUAUUUAAUAGGUCCAGAUGAAGAACUUUCCCGAAAGCUGUCUGCUUUGGAAUUCAUAAUGCAUGCACCUAGUAAUUACUAUCAUGACCGCACCACACCUUUUCCACUACCUGAUGCUAUGGAAAAUGAUGGCAAGACAAAAGGUUUUAUUUGGACUACACUGUCAGAAUUUCAACGAGCAUCCAAUACAUGAGAUAUGGACUCGGUUCAAACAGUAAAUCUUCAGUGACAUUUUAUGCUUGACACAUCGAAUUUUAUUUUCUUGCACCAAUAAAAGAAUGCGAAAAACAAAUUUAUUAGCAUUA